UGCUCACUUCCCUCCCCCGCCCCUCCGCUCCUCAGCCAUGGCCGCACCGCCUUCCCCGCCGCCCCCCGCUCAACCCCCUGAGCCGGCCUCCGAGCCACCGUCUGACGCACAGGCCGCCGUCUUCCUCACCCGCCCAGACAACACAACCCGCAGGCUGAACGCCGCCACCCCGUCUCGAGACGACAACUCUCCUUCCAUCCUCGAUCAAAAACGUCAACUAACGGAGCUCCUCAAAAAUUUCUCAUACCAAGCCCCGACUGGUAUACGUAGUAACACAUCAAUCAGUCCUCUCUGCUUGUCCAAGAACCCUUCGUCGAACGGCAGCGCCAGAGAGACCGAGGCGGAUACGGACACGUCGUUUCAUCCUUCGCCUGUCGACUCUCACGCACUCCGUCACCCGUUGGAGAUUGAUAUCUUCACUCAUAGGGAUGCCGAGAAACUUGUAGAGUGGAUUGGUAAGAAAAAGAAUCCUCCGUCAGCGCGGGCGGUGGCGCAAAGAUGUCAGGUAUACUUGAAUCAAGAGUUGAGUGAUGCUGGUUCAUCGCCGGUGGAAGGCCUGCUGGCAUCAGGUCCCCCUUCUGGAACAUGCUCAAACGAUGGCAAGACUGUUUUAGAGGAUGCAUGUCUCGACCAACUUUAUUGGGGCUCUAUUGUUGAAGGGAAUAGGCCAGGCGAGGAGGAAGAAAAGGAGCAACUUUAUAGUGAUCAUCCUCCGGGUGACUCUCAGGAGCAAAUGCUGGAUUCAGAAACCACAUACACCGAUCAAAGACGGGUGACGACACUGGACAAUCUCCCCCUUCGUCCUUCGCUCAGCAACCCAAUCCCCCCAUUUCAACGAGGCACCCCGCAAUACAACACUACCCGCUACGACGGCAUGACCCUCAAUGACUCUUUUAUCACUCCUGCGGACCACGAUCUCCUCCAACGGUUGAGCGUCAAGACUAGGCGCUGGAAACGACUCGCUUCGUCUACCCCCUCCACGCCUUUUCCGGCAACCUUGCCCUCUUCCAAUGUCACCCACGACGGCGUAGAUGAGCUUGGAUAUCAAACCGACAUAUUCAAUCUCAUCCUCGCCGCCACCCUCGUCAUCGAACAUCGUGAAGAAGAGCUCCAAUCGAUGGCUGACCGCCUGCAUAAGGCCAUUGUCAAACUCCCGGCCCGGACGGAGAAUGUUGCAGUCUUUCCCUUUGCGACCAGAUUUGGAUGCGUCGAGUGGACAAAAGCAAGGGAUCCGCAUUACCUUUAUCCGUACGAGAAGCCGUUUGAGGUGUGUAUAUUUGUGAAGAACGUUGUGAAGAACGGUCCCGGCUCAAGUGCGACUGCGAACACGAGCACAAGUAUAAACACCACCACUGACAAGGAUUCACAAGACGAUUCCAACAGAAGCGUCAAAUACAACCUCAACCCGAACGAGAAUUCCAACCCCAAGACCAAACAACCUGAGCAAGGUCGAGGUGAAUACAUUCGUACAAGCAUGGAACGCGUCCGAACGGCAAUCAUGGCAAGGCGACCCAUACCCAAGACCACUACGGAGGCUAUCCUGAUGCUCAACAUUAUCAUUCUCUUCUAUUCGACUUGGUACGGCUUGGAUCCAGAUGGGGUCCCACACAAGGUCAGCACAGACAAGGAUCGAGUCAGAAAGGUGGUACUGGAAACUUUAAUUGAGACGCUUUACCACGAGGCUUAUGAGGGGUAAAAGAUUGCACCAACGCCAAUCGAUUUUAACGACUAUGAUGAUGACGACCAUAUUACGUUGUAUCAUGUUUCUGUGUAGCUUAUUAGCGUAGAUGUAACUUUACGUGACAUGUAAUUCGAUGAAC